AUGCACAAAGAAGAAAAAGUUGAAAUAAUCACAAUCAGCAAUAGGGGAGAUAUAUAUGGAGUUUACAUUCAAAUAGUUGGCAGAUCUUCAGCAAGUAUAUGCCAGCAUAUUUAUUACAGGUUGCAAACAAAUGAUUCUAGUAAAUAUACUUCGUUGUAACUCAAUUAUGCAUUGUUUCAUUCAUGCAAGAAAAGAAACCUUUACAUAAAGAUGAGAAGUAGUAGCCACUUAUGCUUGAUAUGCAUUGAUAGAGCUUUCAAUUCAUUUCCAUAAACAUUAAAUUAUAAAGGAGAGAUACGUUUAGGAUUAUCUAAGAGAUAUUAAGAGCACUUGAUAAACUACAAUCAAUUUCUAGAGUUGUACUCAAGAAAGAGCCAAGGUCUAUAGGUAUUUAAGUUAUGUGGAAAAAUUCCAUUAUAUAAGUGA